ACUGUGGCCUGUACAGUUUAAGGUUUCAUUCGAGAUGGCGGAGGAAAUACUGAGGGAGUUAGAAGCCGCGGCGCAAAUCGUUCUGGCGCCUCCGAAUCUAAUUUCAUCAGAGCAACGUCAAUCUGCGGAAACAGUAUUUUUAAAUUUCCGCAAAACAAAGUCACCUUAUCAGCUGUGUCAGCAAAUUUUAGAAUUAAGCACUGUAGAUUAUAUACUAUUUGAAACAGCUGGAUUGAUAAAGACAGCUCUGAUACAAGAGUGGUCCACUCUGUCAGAAUCUGACAUUUCUUCGUUGAGACAAUAUCUGUUACACUACGUUAUAAACAAACCUACGUUAGCGCCAUAUGUUAGGACAAGAAUACUCCAAGUUUUUGCAAUAAUAAUUAAAAGAGGUAGCGUGGAUGACUUUGGACGGGAGAGAAGUCGAAUAACAGAUGAAAUAGAAAAUUUAAUUAAGAGUGGAAACUUACCAAAUCAAAUUUUAGGAUGCAAUAUUUUAUCUGCGAUAUUGCAAGAGUAUGCAACGACUGCUAAAUCAUCCGACAUAGGUUUGACAUGGGAAGUUCAUCUUAAAGAGAAGAAACAGUUUGAACAAAGUGAUAUGAAAAAAAUUUUCAAGUUUUGUGUCGAAGUAUUUAGUGAAUUAAUCAAGAAGGAUUUUGAUGAAUCGACAUUACCUCUUGUAAAGUCUUUACUUUCUAUCGUAGAAAGUAUGCUUGUUUGGGGAUUUAUUUAUGCAAAUUUACCUAAAAGAUUAUUGUACAUGUGGGAAGUUCAUGAAUCUGGAAAUAACCCACCAUUGAGCAUGCAUACAUCAUGGCAAGAUGUAAUAUUAGAUCCAGCAAUAUUAGAUUUAUUUUUUACACUGUAUUGGAAAGUACGCAGCAAUCCGCAAUUAGCUCACCAUGCUAUGAAUUGCUUGAUACAACUGGCGAGUUUACAUGGUAGAAUCCUAGAUGGAGAACAAAUAGAAGUGCGGUACCUGACAAAUUACAUGCAGAGAUUUUUGAAGCUUGUAUUAAGUAUUGAAAUUAGCGAUCAGGAAGCAAACGGAAUUACUAAUAUUAUAAAAAAAAUUAAUCAUUUCUUUCAAAGUUCAUUAAAAAGUCUUCCUGAAGACUUAUACAAGUCAUUUAUGGAACAAAUAACAAGAUUAACAUGCUUAUUUAUAGAAUGUGCUGCACAAGAAGAAUCGAUACGUGCUGAUGAUUGUUUAUAUAUGGAAGCUGUGGAACAUAUGUUUGAAGUAUGGUCGUGCAUAUUGUGUUCAUCGUAUUUUCCAGCAGAUUUUUGUAAACAAAGCUCUAUUCAGAUAUUUAAUAUAUAUCUUCGAUGUCACUUAUCACCUCCGGAGGGUGUUAGAAAUAUUGGUGGAAAAAGUCUUAGCGAGGAAGUAGCAGAUGUGGAGGAUAAUGACAAAGUUAAAUUUAAGGAGCAAUUACAAAUAAUUGGAAACUUUGGUAGACAAGUACCAGAUCAUUCUUUACCUCUAUUAGCACAAUUACUCGAAGAUCGAAUACAUAAAUUGCGCGACAAUCUAAAUCUAUUGGUCGAACAAAAUGAAUCGUCAUCUCGACCUGCCUCUAUGGAUGAGUUGUACGAAGAUUUGCAUUGGCUUAUUUUAAUAACGGGGCACGUUUUUUGUAUGGAAUGGGAAGGUGAAAUCGCAUUAAUACCUUUAGAAAUAACGCGAUGCAGUAUGAAACAGUCUCGAGAAGGAAAUGUUGAUGUAAACCGUACACUGGAGUUUUUAGUGUCCUCGCAAAAUGUCCAAUCGGAUAUAAGUAGUCCCUCAGCCUUGAUCGAUCGAGUUAUUCGAUUAGUCACGGGCAUUUUUCGUUUAUGCACUAUUGAGAAAACUGCCAUAGCGAUACAUUUGGAGAAUAUACUCAGUCCUGAAUUGAGCAGCACGAUAAUAUGGUUUUUACACAGAUGGUCAGAGAUUUAUCUUUUACCAAAUGAGGACCAUUACAACGAAUUAAGUACCACGCUUUUACAUGCUUUUGGUGAUGACAGCCCUGGUGCAUUGUGGUCAAUGAAUUUUCUUCUGGACAAAAUAAUUUGUAACAUCAACGCUUUCAAAAGCGAGCCGACGCUAAUAGAUGAAACUAUAAAGUUAUUAAUAUCUCUUGUUAAAUCGCGAGCUAGAACUUCCUGCCUGUCGACAUCUGAGCAGUUCAAUUAUAUUAUUGAAUUAGCUACAAAAGAACAAUACGAUUUCCCGCAGAUUAUCAAAAGAGGAUUAAUGCGUGUGGUGGUUCAUGCCGGUAUCGUGUUACAAAAUAGUGAUCAGUACUACUGGUCGCGGAUUCUACAAGCCUUGCAGAACAGAUUUACACAAUUAAUUUCUAGUGACAAUUUUAUGUCGUCCCACCAUGAAGAACAUAUUAAAAUUCAAAUCAUAGAUAUACUAGAAUCCUGUAUAGGUGUGGUGCUAGGUACUGAGAGUUCGAUAGUAGGGCCCGUAUAUCAAUAUACUUUUCCCAUAUUAGCCGAACUUCCAAAAAUAUUAUCCUUAUAUCAUAAUUAUCAAGAUAUAGUACAGCUCAUAUUAGAACUUUUUAAUGAAUAUACAAAGAUUGUAUUUUUAUCAGACGCUGAUAGUAUGCGUGUAUAUGAAACUUGUAUGCAAAUGAUGCAAACGUAUGCUCGCUGUAACAGUCACCGGUUUACUGUAGACUCGACUGCGGAAGAGGAUAGUUUUCAGGAUAUUGUGUUACUCAUGCGACUAUUAACUAAUUUAUUAAUUAAAGACAUAUUUAGUUUAAAUCACGAAGCAAACCCAUCAAUCAGUCAACUUGCGUCUGCAGUACCGGCUGUCGAACCCGUGCCACUUACUGAUGUUUUCUUAUAUGGCUUAAAUAUAAUCAUGCCUAUGAUGACAAUAAAUUUGUUAAAAUUUCCGUCGUUAUGUUUGCAGUAUUUUAAAAUGAUAUCGUUUGUAUGUGAUAUGUGUCCUGAGAAAGUUUGCGGCCUCUCUGUUAAACUGUUGCAACAACUUUUAGCGUCAGUGGAAUUAGGUUUAUAUUCAUUCGGCAAUGAGGUAGCUGGCCUUUGCUGUGAUACAAUUCAAGUCUUAACCAAACAUAUUAAGAAAGAAGUUACGCAAGGACAGCCGCGCAAAGACAUAAUGGCACCUUUUCUGAAUUUAUUAAUAAGUCUCGUUCUGUCACAUCAAAUGGAUUCAGAUCUGAUCACACACGCCAGUCUGCCUCUUUACUAUCUCAUAUGUUGCUAUCAAGAACAAUAUCAGCAACUUAUACAGAAUAUUGUAUCUACUCAAACGGAUCUACAAGUGGCGCAAAGAUUAGCGAAUGCAUUCACUGCACUGACUGCAAAUGUAGAUGUAAAUAUAGACUUAAAUGACCGUCCUCAAAGAUUGAGGUUUAAAGAAAAUUUCGAAAAAUUUGUCGUGAACGUACAAGGAUUCUUAAUGGUUAAGUAAAAUAUAAAUUAAUAU